AUGAAGUCUUUCUUCGCUAUCGCCGCCGGUCUCCUGGCCGCCAGUGCCUCCGUCUUUGCAGCUCCUGGACCCAGCAACCCCGGCUACAUCAGCAAAUACUCUCUACCCUCGAACCAUUCUGGAGAUGUCAAGGAGUACAUCAUUACCUUCUGGCGUAAUGAGACCAUCCCUAGGCCCGUCGAUGAAUAUCUGGACGCCCUAUCUCUCAACAAGAACGAUACACUAGUAUACGAAUCUGAAUGCGAGGACCCUAAGAUCUUCAUCGUGAAGAUGUGCGCGGAGCACGCCAAGAUUUUCCAGGGCAUGACUGAGGUGAACAUCGUAGAAGAGAAGGCCGAAGUCAAGUCUUUCGCAGAGCAGCAAGGCGCUCCCUGGGGUCUGCAGCGAGUCUCGAGCGCGGCCGGCGCUAAAGGAUCUCCUCAGGACCAGGAUUUCGUCUACUCUUUUGAUGAUUCAGCUCUCGGUGCCGGAGUCGACAUCUACGUUAUCGACACUGGCGUACGCACUUCCCACGCUGUGUUUACUGGACGCGCUUCUGAAGGUUUCACCGCCACUGGCUCUUUCGUUGACGGUGAUGGUCACGGCACUCACGUUGCCGGUACCGCCGGUGGCGCUAAGUUCGGUGUUGCUCAAGGCGCCAACAUCAUCGAAGUCAAGGUUCUUGGAGACGACGGCUCUGGUGCAUCUUCCGACACCAUCAAGGGUAUGGACUGGGUCAUUACCAACCACAAGAAGCGCAGCGCACAGCCAGGCUUCGUUGGUUCCAUUAUGAGCAUGUCUUGGGGUCUUCAGGGUACCGCUGGUUCAGUCGAUGAGAUUAUUCAAGGUGCCUCAGCUGCUGGUAUUCACGUUUCAGUUGCCGCUGGUAACGACGGUAUCGACGCUUGCGGUAGCACCCCCGCUCACCUUGGUGGCAAGAACUCCAACGUCGUCACUGUCGGCUCUGUCAACAUCGACAACGAGAUCUCUACCUUCUCCAACAUUGGUCAAUGCGUAGACAUCUACGCUCCCGGUGAGCAGAUUCUCAGCUCCUGGGCCACUGGCGACGCUGUCAUCAACUUCCUCUCUGGUACUUCCAUGGCUUGCCCUCACGUCACUGGUGUCAUGGCCACCCUCAUGACCCAGGAUGUCGCCGGACUUGGUCAGAACCCCGCUGCCCUCAAGGCCAAGCUCCUCCAGACUGCCCGCCAGGGUGAUGUCAAGGGUAACACUGCCGGAAGCGCAAACCUCCUCCUCAGCAACGGUGUUGAUGGCAACGUUGCCAAGCGUCUUACCAAGAACUACGUCGUGCCAGACCACAGCGGUCUGAACGGUAGCCCAGCUGCCCGCGCCGCCGCUGCUGUCAUCGCUAAGGACAUCACCCUCGACAAGCGCUUCCAGCUUCACUCCCGGGAAGCCAAGCUUCGCUUCUAG